AUGAAGUUCGCUGGAAUCGCUGCCAUGGCCGCCGUCGUCACCGCCGUGACCGGUGCUGCUAUCCCCAACGUCAACGCUGCCCUCGCCGAGGUUCACCAGGUGACUGGCGAUGUCCAGGGUCUCCUUUCCGGCUCCGGCUCUGGGGCUGAUGUUGCCAAGCUCGUUUCUCAGCUCGAGAAGGUCGAGUCUGAGCUGAAGAAGCUCACCACCCAGAAGCGCGACCUUGUUGACGCUGAUGUUGCUGCUAAGGCUAAUGUCGCCAACGCCGUCAAGGCCGAUGCUGAUGUCGGUGCCCACGUCCUCGGGCGCUCUCUGAUCGACGUCGGUGCCGACGUCGAUGUUGACAUCCUCAACAAGAUCAAGGCCGCCCUCGGUGUCGACGCUAAGGUCCUCAAGCGCGGCCUCAUCGAUGCCGACGUCGCUGCCAAGGCUAACGUUGCCAACGCUGUCAAGGCUGAUGCUGAUGUUGGUGCCCACGUCCUCGGGCGCUCUCUGAUCGACGUCGGUGCCGACGUCGAUGUUGACAUCCUCAACAAGAUCAAGGCCGCCCUCGGUGUCGACGCUAAGGUCCUCAAGCGUGGCCUCGUCGAUGCUGAUGUUGCUGCCAAGGCUAACGUUGCCAAUGCUGUCAAGGCUGAUGCUGAUGUUGGUGCCCACGUCCUCGGGCGCUCUCUGAUCGACGUCGGUGCCGACGUCGAUGUUGACAUCCUCAACAAGAUCAAGGCCGCCCUCGGUGUCGACGCUAAGGUCCUCAAGCGUGGCCUCGUCGACGCUGAUGUUGCCGCCAAGGCUAACGUUGCCAAUGCUGUCAAGGCUGACGCUAAUGUUGGCGCCCACGCGCUCAAGCGCUCUAUCAUCGACCUCGGUGUUGACGUCGAUGUUGACCUCCUCAACAAGAUCAAGGCUGACCUUGGUCUCGAUGCUAAGGUCCUCAAGCGCGGCCUCGUUAACCUCGACACUGGUGCCGAGGCCAACGUUUUCAACAUCGUCAACACCGAUGUUGACGCUGAAGCCAGCCUCCUCAAGCGUUCCCUCAUCGAUGUCGGUGCCGACGUCGAUGUUGAGCUCCUCAACAAGAUCAAGGCCGCCCUCGGUAUCGACGCCAAGGUCCUCAAGCGUGGCCUCGUCGACGCUGAUGUUGCCGCCAAGGCUAACGUUGCCAAUGCUGUCAAGGCUGACGCUAAUGUUGGCGCUCACGCGCUCAAGCGCUCUAUCAUCGACCUCGGUGUUGACGUUGACGCCGACCUCCUUGACCAGAUCAAGGCUGCCAUUGGUGUUGACGUUUCGGUCCUGUAA